CAGUAUGUCCCAAUGGAGUCAAGUUCAACAACUGGAAAUAAAAUUUUUGGAGCAGGUGGACCAGUUCUAUGAUGAUAACUUCCCCAUGGAAAUCCGGCACCUGCUAGCACAGUGGAUAGAAAGCCAAGACUGGGAGACUGCAGCCAACAAUGAAGCAAUGGCAAUGAUCCUUUUACAGAAUUUGAUAAUACAAGUGGAUGAACAGCUGGACCGGGUUUCACAGGAGAAGAAUCUGCUCUUGAUACACAAUCUGAAAAGAAUCAGGAAGCUGCUGCAGGGCAAAUAUCAUGGUAAUCCCAUGCAUAUAGCAGUGAUCAUCUCAAACUGCUUAAGAGAAGAAAGAAGAAUAUUGGCUGCAGCUAGCAUGCCUGUACAGGGGCCACUGGAAAAGUCUCUACAGAACUCUGUGGUUUCAGAACGUCAAAGAAAUGUAGAACACAAAGUGUCAGCCAUCAAGAACAGCGCUCAGAUGACUGACCAAGAUGUGAAAUACUUGGAAGACUUGCAAGAGGAAUUUGACUUCAGGUAUAAAACAAUACAAAGCUUAGAGCAGAAUGACAAAAACAGCACCCACAUUAAACAGGAAAUGUUGGUGUUGCAGGCAAUGCUCAAUACUUUAGACUACAAGAGAAAGGAAGUACUCAGUAAAAUAGGGCGUGUGAUUCAUGAAAUCGAUAUGCUUAUGAGCAACAUGCUGACUGAAGAGCUGCUAGACUGGAAGAGACGGCAGCAGAUUGCCUGCAUCGGGGGUCCUCUCCACGGUGGGCUCGAUCAGCUCCAGAACUGUUUUACGCUGUUGGCAGAGAGUCUCUUUCAAGUUAGAAGGCAACUAGAAAAACUGGAUGAGCUGUUGACCAGACUGACUUACGACGGGGACCCUAUUCCUGUGCAAAGACCUCAGCUGUUGGAAAAAGUCAACUUUCUGCUCUACAAUCUUUUCCGGAAUUCAUUUGUGGUUGAAAGGCAGCCCUGCAUGCCAACACAUCCCCAGAGGCCAAUGGUUCUUAAAACAUUAAUACAGUUCACUGUUAAAUUAAGGUUGCUAAUUAAAUUGCCAGAGCUGAACUACCAGAUCAGAGUGAAAGCAACUAUCGACAAGAAUGUUUCAACUGUCAGCAAUCGUAGAUUUGUUCUGUGUGGAACACAUGUAAAAGCAAUGAACAUGGAUGAAUCUGCAAAUGGAAGUUUGUCUGUAGAAUUUCGACAUUUGCAACCCAAAGAAAUGAAAACAAGUGCUGGAAGCAAAGGAAAUGAGGGCCCUCACAUGGUGACUGAGGAACUGCACUCCAUCAGCUUUGAAACACAGGUCUGCCUGUACGGAUUGACUAUAAAUUUGGAAACCAGCUCUUUGCCUGUGGUGAUGAUUUCCAAUGUCAGCCAACUGCCCAACGCCUGGGCUUCUAUUAUUUGGUACAAUCUGUCAACCAAUGAUCCUCAGAAUUUGUCUUUCUUCAACAACCCCCCUGCUGCCACUUUAAGCCAGCUCUUAGAAGUACUGAGCUGGCAAUUUUCAUCAUACGUCGGUCGUGGACUCAAUUCUGAACAGCUCAACAUGCUGGCAGAGAAACUUAUGGGACAACAAGUCAGUUACAAUGAUUAUCAACUAUCCUGGGCAAAGUUCUGCAAGGAACAUCUGCCUGGAAAGUCUUUUACCUUUUGGGUUUGGCUCGAAGCCAUUUUGGACUUAAUUAAAAAACACAUUCUUCCUCUCUGGAUUGAUGGGUACAUUAUGGGAUUUGUAAGCAAAGAGAAGGAACGAAUUCUGCUCAAAGACAAGACACCAGGAACAUUUUUAUUAAGGUUUAGCGAGAGCAAUCUGGGUGGAAUUACCUUUACUUGGGUGGAUCAACUAGAAAAUGGAGAUGUAACAUUUCAUUCGGUGGAACCCUACAACAAAGGUCGCUUAUCUGCCCUGCCUUUUGCCGACAUACUGCGCGAUUACAAAGUUAUUAUGGCAGACAACGUUCCUGAAAACCCUCUGAAGUAUCUGUAUCCAGAUAUUCCCAAAGAUAAGGCCUUUGGCAAACACUACAGCUGUCAGCCAAAUGAAGUCUCAAAGCCCUCAGAUGGAGGAGUCAAAGGUUAUGUUCCUUCUGUAUUUAUCCCAGUCUCCAAAAUCCUAAACGAUUCUACAGAACCACAUUCUCCAUCAGAUCUUCUCCCAAUGUCCCCAAGCGUUUAUGCUGUGCUGAGAGAACACCUGAGCCCCACAGCCAUUGAAACUGCCCUGAGUUCUCCUUAUUCAACUGACUGAAGUUCACAUACUGGAGAAAUUAGUAAUCAUGUGAACACUGGAUGGGUUAAAGAUGCCUUAAUUUUUUUACAAUCAUCUUUGUAAAUCAGCUUUUCCUGGAAACCAUUAUGUUAUUCUUAGGUCUCUUUCUGUUAUCAAUCAACAUGUAAACAAGGAAUUUUCUCCCUAGGGAUUCAAAUAGCUUUCUGCAAGUCAGAUUUGCUGUUCUCAGUGAUAAAAAGGCCAAAUCCUUUCUCAUUUGGAAGUCAUUUGACUGCAGUGAGGUCCCAGCAGAGAUAAAUUUUACUUGCAGAAUUAACUAACAUUCGUAGAAUUGCUGUAAAUAUGAGAAUAUAAGAACAAAACGUUUUGCUUCUGAAAACAGCACAGAAAGAUAACUAAAGACAUUAAUGUGUUUGAAAAAAUUAGGAUUUAUUAUGUUAAAUACUUAUUGUUUAAUUGUAAUCUUGCACAACACUGGUUUAGAUUCUAUUUCAAAGCAAAGAUUCUCAUUCCCCUGAGUUUAAAUGUCCCAGAGGUGCCUGGGACAUUUUUCUCCAAAGAAGAAGUACCUUCAGCAUAGGUUUUUAUCUGACACCACAGCAAAAGUUGUGAAAGACAGGUAAGCGUGGCUGGGAAGAGAAGGGAGUUCUGGAAAGGAAGCAGAAACAAAAUUUGUGGUGUCAAAAAGGCUGUCUCCGAUUUGCCACUGGAAGACAGAGUUAGUAAAACUUUCUCCCUCACAAAAUAGUUGCAGGAGUAAAUCUGUUUGGGCAAGGAGCACUCAGAUGCUACAGCAUGUACUAUCAGAAAUAAAAAAAUAGAAAUAAAAAAAUCCUGACCACUUGCAGUCUGGAUACUAACUGAUAAAUGCCAACUGGGAAGCACAGUUUUAAAAACUGAGGAGCUGCAGCAUUUGCCAACAACUGGGAAAAUUGUGCUGCAUGGCAGAUUACUACAUGUCUGUCAGAGGCUCAUUUAAUAAACAGAAUAGCUAGCUUGGUCUUGUCAGCUUUUUUUGCUCUCAGUAUUCUCCCUAAAACCUGUGUUAAUAGAACAAUAAAGAAGCGAUUCCAAGGACACAUAUACUGGCUCAAUCAAGCUUUAAGUCUUAUCCACAGAAUACAUGGUUAAUGCAUGCAAAGUUCUCACAAUACAAACCCUCAAAUGUUUGCACCUUACUGUUUUCUUGAGCAGGUACAAAUUAGACAUCUGAGAUGAAAACAUAACCUCCUUGAGUCAGUAAGACAUGCAUUUUACUUUCAUUUCUCCUUUUUUACUCACUCCUUUCACCCGUACCAUUUAUGUUAGUUGAAAACAAGUGAACGGAAACAGAGUAAUGAGCUAUUUCUGUGAUACAGGGGAAUAGAUUUCAAAAAAACCAAACACAUCUCUGUUCAUUGACCUGAGUGAUUUAAAGUGAGCUGCACGUAGAGUCAUUUUCUCUCAGAAAGCAUCAUGUAUAAAUAAUUUUACAAAACAACAAGAGCAAUUCUGUACAUAGUUUGGUAACAUCUGUAACUUAUAUAACCAGCAUGAAUAA